GUCACCACGAGGAAGCAAAGGCCUCUUUUCUGUCUGAUUUGUAUCAAAUUUCUGCUUCUUUUUAUUUGUUAUAAAUUUGAGUUUUAAAUCCGUUAAAAUGUCCUUAAUUAAACCUAUUUUUGAAUAAUAAUAUUUUUAAAUAAAACUAACUAGUAAAAAUAUUAAUAGGAACACAUUUAAAACUCAAAUAUCUUAAAAGAACACAACCGGCCUCUUACACAUUUCUUCAGUAACCAUAUAUUUUGUUGACUGCAGAAUUAUAUCUUAUUAGGUAUUAGGUUUAAAAAAGAAUUACUAAUACUAAUUAUAAAACGAGUAAAAAUACCUUUUUUGAAUGAUUUAACAAAUUUAAUGCUUAAUCAUAAUACUAAUACAAAUACUAAUACUAAGGGAGUAUAAAUAGACCCUAAAUGUCCCCAUUACAUUGUGAAGGUUCAACUUAAUGCUUAAUCAUAAUACUAAUGCAAAUACUAAUAAUAAGGGAGUAUAAAUAGACCCUUAAGGUCGUUCUAACUGUUCUAAGCUAAGAGUAAAGUGUUCUUAGUAAGUGUUCUGUGGUGUUCUUGAAGUGUUCUUUCCGUUCUGUGUUUAAGAAAAAUUUCUUCGGAACUUCUGUAUUAUUGGAUUAUUGGCAACAUCUGUAUUAUGUUUAGAAGUACUUCUAUUUAAGAUUUAAAUCUAAAUGCUCAAAUAAGAAUACAAAAGUAAUUAUUUAAGAAGAGAUUAUAUUAAUUCAACAAAAUGGCAAAACAAACAGCAAAGAACCCGGCAAUGGUUUUACAAGAACUUACAGUAAAGAAUAAUUUAGCACCACCAGAAUAUGAAGUAAUUCACAGUAUUAUGGGUUCCCAUGAAAACAGGUUUGAUUACAUUGUUAGAGUUGCUGGAAUAGAAGCACUUGGUACAGGAACAUCUAAGCAAAUAAGUAAACACGGUGCCGCCCACAAUGCACUGCUAAAAUUAGAAGAAAUGGGAGUAUAUGACCCCAAAGAGAAUCCAGUUGUAGAAUUUAAAGCAACCGCUCUUCAAAAUGCUGCGGGGUGUAUACCUGGUAGCCCCUCAAACUCGUCCUUAAAUUGUAUUGGCAAGCUGAAAGAUAUAUGUAUUGAAAAUAAAAUUGAAGAUCCAAUUUUUACAGAACUCUCAGAUGUGGGACCUCCACAUGCUAGAGAGUUUACUUAUGAAUGUAAAAUUGGCUCACUUAGAACGGUUGCCACAGGCAACACAAAGAAAAUGGCAAAGCAGCUGACGGCAAAAGACAUGCUGGCCAAAAUAAAGAAUGUUUUACCAGACAUAAUUUUAGAAGCACCUCGCAGAGAUGAAGAACAGAAAACGUUACCACAUUCUGAACAGGACCAAGCCACUUUAGAUUUAUAUAAUAAACUAAUUGGAACUAUUGUAGUGGAUAAAAAAACCAAAGUUGAAAAUUUUGGCCAUGUUUUUAAGAGGCUCAUGGUUUUUCAUGAUCGGAAACUACAUGAAUUUUUAGAUGACCUCAAUGAAAAGACCGAAGAUUCCUUAAAAAGAAUAUUGGAUAAAAUAGAAUUAGAACAUGAAAUUUUAGUUUUUCAAGAGAAACCCUGCAUUAUGUCUUUGUUUAUAAACUGUGACGUCCCCUUUGCUACCAUGGCAUGUGGUGAUUCAAAAGAAUCUACAAAGGCAGAAUUACUUGAAACAACCUUCGAAUUUAUGGAUUGUUUCUUUCACCUUAAAGAUGAAUGUUAAUAUUUUUGUUUUAUGUAUUACCAAUAGUGUCUACUUAAGUUGGAAUCAUAUGGAAAACUCUUUUUUGUUUUCCUUAGUUACACGGCACUGGUAUAAAACCAAAUAGCAAAAGCUUCUUAAUAAUUAAACAGGAUUAUAUUUAUCACCAAUUAAAUUUUUAUUUUGAAAAUAAUUGUCUCGAUGUGAUAUUUUUUAGGAACUUCCUGAAAAUUUUUUAAUUAAAAAAAAAAAAGAAAAAAUGUUCUACAUGUGUCAUAUAAGGUUUGUUCCAACAAGUAAUCCAUUACCGAUCCGAAAUUAUUUUCUGAUCUACUUUUGAGCAAGAGGGACUCACUCUUGUUGGAACGCACUUUUGACUGUGAUUUGUUACCUAUACCCUCUUUACAAUUUCUAAUUUACUCAAUAAUAUUCUACAAAAACUUAUUUCACCUCUUCAAAAAUGAAUCGUAUUUACUUUUAGAUAUAAUUUAUCAGAUUUAAAAGUAUCGU